UAAACACGUGUAUCCUCAAAAGCGUGGUUCAUUCAUUUUCAAUAUUCGAUCAGUCGGUUCCAUUUAGAGCAGAAGUAAUAUUUCAAAGAUUAAAUAUGAAGCAAAGAAAAUCAAAUGUUGGGGUAAAAUCAUCUUUAAAUGGUGUGAAAAAUGAUAGCAUCGUGAAGAAGCAAAAAAAAAAUGAAGUAAGCACUCCAGCAAAAGGAACACCGGCAAGGAACAAUCAAAAGAAACUUGGCAAAACUCCUGUUAAGGAAGUACCACCAAAGAAGGUAGAGGUAGAAGAGGAAGAAGAAUCCGAGGUGGAAGAGGAUUCAGGUGCCGAUGUCGCUGAAGACGUUGUUAACGAAGGUGAAGAUUCUGAAGCUGAAGAUGAAGAUGAGGAUGAGGACAACGAUGAUGGUGAUGAUGACGAUGAAAGUGAAGAAGAAGAUGAAAAUAUUGAAGGAUUGGUAGAAAACGAAGCAGAGGAAGAUGAUGAGGCUGAGGAUGAUAGUGAAGAGGAUGAUGACGAAGAACCAACUGAAGUACCGAUUGAAAAACGUGCUUCGGAAUCCCCAGCCAAGGCUAAGUCUAAGAAACCGAAGUCGUCGGAUGAGACUGGUGUGCAAAAAAUUAAAACUGGUGCUCCUCCAAAAUCAUUUCCAAAGGAGCAAGUGCUUAUUGUAAAAAAUUUGCCCAAAAAUUACAAACAAAUUGAGCUCGUCGAGAUAUUUGCAAAGUAUGGUACCAUAGAUACAAUUUAUAAUAUUCACGGACCAGCAAGCUGCGUUGCAUAUGUCGCAUAUACAUCACCUGAAGACGCCGAAGCGGCCCAAGAAGCAACAGACAAAAUUGCUAAGGUAAAAGGAGCCGUUUUAAAAGUAAACAUUCAAACACCCAAUCCGAAAAAACUUAAGAAGGCCGAGGAAUUUGAAGAAAGGAAGAAAAAAUUUGAGGAAAAUAGGGACCGCACAAUUUAUAUCAAAAAUUUAAAAGACGGUACCACAGAAGAUCAAAUUAAGAGUCAUUUCGCUAAUUGUGGUGCCGUCGAAAGUGUUAAAAUAUAUACAAAGAAUGGCUACACCUCCACUUGCUUUGUUUGUUUCGAAGAUAAGUCGGCAGUUCCAUCUGCUUUUAAGCUACACAAUUCAAUACUAAAUGAGAGUAACAUUUGGGUUAAUCAGGUCCACGAACAUGAGAUGGUUAAGGAUCCUAAGCGCACAAUUAUUCUUAGAAAUGGUUCCAAUUUACCAAACAUUGAGUUAUCUAAAUUAGAGGCAAUAUUCUCCAAGUGUGGCGAAAUCGAAGUCGAAAACACUUGCAUAUUCUGCACGAAAAACGUGUUGGCUUUUGUUACAUUUAAGGAUGAAAAAGCUGCUAAAAAAGCUUUAAAACUGAAUGGUACCAGUGCGCAAGAUAUCGAUUUAGAAAUUGAAGAGUAUAAAGUAAUUACACCCAAAUAUAAAACAACUGUUUUUAUACAGAAUAUAAGACCAGGUGUAACCGAAGAAGAAAUUCGUGAGCUUUUUGCUUCCACAGGGCCAAUUGAAAAUGUGAUGAUAAUAGGUAACUUCGCCACUGUUAGAUUCGCGGAUACUGACGGUUUUUGCAAAGCUUUCCUCUUAAACGAGUCGGUUCUGCGCGGACAAGUAAUAUUCUUAGAACCAUAUUCGGAAAAGAAAAGAAGAAAUCAUCAUAAUGCACCAUUUAACCGUAAAAGACCUGCGGGUUUCCAAUUUAAGGGCUUUGCCAAAAGGAGUAAACCUAACUAACUGAGCUGUAGCUACGUAUAUUUUUUAAUUUUCCCACGUGUGAAAAGAAAUUUUUACUUAUAGUUCUAAAUAUAAUGUAUUAAACAAAAUUA